GCGGGCCAAAAGGGAAGCGGGGUCCUUCUCUAGGGCGGUCGCACAGGCAGCGGUUGUGUGAAGCCGGGCUCAGGCAACAUGUACUACAAGUUUAGCGGUUUCACGCAGAAGUUGGCUGGAGCUUGGGCUUCGGAAGCCUAUAGUCCGCAGGGGUUAAAGCCAGUGGUUUCCACAGAAGCACCACCUAUCAUAUUUGCCACACCGACUAAGCUGACCUCCACUGUGACGGCAUAUGACUAUGCAGGGAAGAACAAAGUUCCAGAACUGCAAAAGUUCUUCCAGAAGGCUGACGGUGUGCCCAUCCACCUGAAACGAGGCCUUCCCGACCAAAUGCUUUACCGGACCACCAUGGCGCUGACUAUUGGAGGGACCAUCUACUGCCUGAUCGCCCUCUACAUGGCUUCACAGCCCAAAAACAAAUGAAUUAGCCUGCCGGGACUGGUUUACUUUGUGGCAUAAACCCUUUGAAUUUUCAGUUUUCGGAUUUUUUUUUCCCACUUGGAUGGUCUAUUAACAUUUUUGCAAACAAAGGAAAAGAUAAGAGCACAAGCAUUUCGGUUAUUUAUGAAAUGCAGACGGCCUCUUGGAUGUCAGACUCAUUGGACAGUUAAGACUGUCGUUUGAGGGAGUGACACUAAGCCAUAUUUGUGCUCCUGAUUUCCCUGGAGGCUCUGGAUGGAAAUAGCUCACUGCCUCAUUAAUGGCAGAGAGCCUGUGCUCAGGGCGUCUGGGACUCGAGGCUGUGUCUCAGCAGGAACUCCAGAAGCCUUUCUGGGUUAGGUGUGACUGAGGGAGGAAGACAGCAGCUGGAGAGGUCCGGCAUAUGAAAUGAGGGCUUCAAGUUAGUCUUCUGGGGACUUUUUCCAUCUUGUUGUGAGAUGUUAGUAGAAAUAUUUGCAGUCUGCCUGUUGUUGGGCAGUUUGUUUCCAAGGGUUAUUGCUGCACCCAGCCCCUUAAUAAAAUGUUAUUUCUCCAUCAUGGAAAAGAGAACACUUGUCAGUGUUGCGCUUUAGAUGGCUGGACCAGAAAUUCUUCAAUAAUGCUAUGGCUUUAAGUCAUGAUUUAUUUGACUGUGGAAUAAAUACAUGAAUAAUAAU